ACGACAGCACUGGAACGCAGCACCUGCGAUCCCAGUCAACUCAGGGCACACACCGUCAAAAGAAGUAUGCUGUCUUUCGUGUUUGGCCAUUAACUCAAACGUCAAUUACAACACUGCGUAAUGUGCCUUUGCUGUAAGUCGGGGCAACGCCGCGACACUAUAAGAUCAUAAGGCGUCGAAUCAUUUGGGCGACGCAUCCAUCUCCUGUCUUUGACUUUACCAGGAAGACAAGUCAUGGGUGGUCUGGUCAACGGGCGGCGAGGAGGAAGGGCUCCGCCUUUAAUGAUCGGUGCCCUGGUUGCCUGCAUCCUGCUUCUGGGUUUCAACUACUGGGUGUCCAGCUCACGUAACCUUGAGCUACAGACAAAGCUAUACGAACUGGAGAGUAAAGUGCGUCGCGGGGCGGUAGAGCGCGGCGCUGACGAAGUGAAGAAAUACGAGUUCCAGAAGGAGAUCGACAGGCAGAAGGAUGAGAUUGACCUCAUUGAGAAUCGCUAUAAGAAACAGCUGGAGGGUCUCCAGAAUACCUGCAGCCAGGAGAAGGUAACACUGCAGCAGAACAUUUCCACCAGUACCAAAAUAUUACAAGAACUUAAAGGCCAGCUAAUUCAAAUGAACGAUGACCUGGGGAAGCUUCAGAAGGAGCUGCAGGCUUGCCAGAGCAAUGUCAAAACCCUCAACGACAAACUCACGUAUGACAUGACACACUGUAACUCACAGAUCCUCACCCAGAAGGAACUGUGUGACGAGCGAGUGGCCGCCGCCAAACUGGAAGCGGAGAAGAAGAUGGCCAAGCUCGACCUCUCAGACGUCACCCAGCAGGAUACGAAGGCGGAAAAGUAUGGUGCCAAAGUAGAAGCCGCCGCGGCGAACGUGUCCCUGAAGGGCUCGUCUGACUUGAGCCACUCCUCCAACCUCACGAUGACAAAAGCCAGCGUGCUUCUCUCUUCGUACGCUAACAAGAUAUUUCAAGAAAAAGGUGCUGCAGUGGGCAUGGAGGAUGGAACUAAAGAGGCCAUAAAAAUAACUGAUGUGGACCUGCUAGCACAGACCAGGAAAUCCUCUUUGACACGUAACCAGACACGAGUAGACGGGGCUGCCGCCCAGACACAAGUCAACAUGGGAAUGGACCAAGUGCUGAAUGGACGGGGGAAAGUGGACAUGAUCGCCACGGAGGAGGAACUAAAUGGGGAGAAUUAUGACCAUGAUGACAAGCAGGCGCUGGGAGGAAGACUGGACAAACAGCAACCUAAACGGGAUGCAGCUAUAGAUAAAGUGAUGGAAGAUGAGCUGGCUGACUACAAUGGCGACGAUGACAACGAGGGAGAGUUUGAGACAGACAAGCAAGCUGAACUGGCUCAGAAUUAAGGGGAAAACACACACACACAAUUAGUAGAUCUACAUACAGUAAGUAAGUAGACUACACCGUCUGUUUUCUUUGUUGGAUAACACACCAAGUGGACAUGUAACGAAUUGCAGGCUUCUUGGCUGCCGUUUAAUUGGUCCAAAACAUUCCAACAAAAAGUUUGUUUUUAUUAGCCAUUUUUAUGGGUCAUAUCUGAGCUUGCAGGUCAGAUGUGCUCACUCAUCCACCAAAUAUUUCCACCGAAUGAAGUUAGUUAGUUGUUCUGAACAAUCUAAUAGACCGGAACCAUUGAAGAAUGAACUCAAAUCUUAUCUGCACUAGCAGUCAGAUCACUUUGAUUUUAAGUAUGUAUUUGAGAGAUUUUUUUUUAUGUGUAAAUAUAUUUUUGACCUGCUGAACAAAUUUCUUGCUGAACAAAAUCAUACAAUAAAAGCAGUGUUGAUCAGAGGA